AUGUCCACAGUUAUAGAAAAUCCAUCAACUAAUUCUAAGCCCGAAUCAACAAUACAAUCAUCAUUUUAUCCAACUACUAAUGUUCGACGUAAAUGGUGGAAAGAAGCUAUAGCAUAUCAAAUUUAUCCACGAUCAUUUCAAGAUUCCAAUGAAGAUGGAAUAGGCGAUAUACGCGGCAUUAUUCAACGGCUUGAUCAUAUCAAGGAUCUCGGAGCUGAUCUUCUUUGGAUUUGUCCAAUUUUUAAAAGUCCAAAUGAUGAUAAUGGAUAUGAUAUAUCUGAUUUUCAAGACAUCAUGGAUGUAUUUGGUACAAUGGAAGAUGUUGACGAACUUAUAAAACAGGUUCACAAUAAAAAUAUGCGUAUUAUUUUUGAUUUGAUUUUAAAUCAUACAAGCGAUGAGCAUCCAUGGUUUGUUGAGUCUCGGUCAUCACGUACGAAUCCCAAACGUGACUGGUACGUAUGGAGAGAUGGUAAACCUGGUGGUCUUCGUCCAAAUAAUUGGGAAAGUAUUUUCAAUGGUUCAGCUUGGGAAUAUGAUAAAGAAACAGAUCAAUAUUAUUUACAUUUAUUUUCUCGUAAAAUGCCUGAUGUUAAUUGGGAAUGUCCUGCACUACGUCAAGAGUUCUAUAAAAUAGCACUUUGGUGGCUUGAUCGAGGUAUUGAUGGUUUUCGUAUUGAUGCAGUAUCACAUAUAAAAAAGAAACCAGGUUUACCUGAUUUACCAAAUCCAAAACAACUUGAAU